CUAGUUUGCAUUGAGUGGUUCACACCACUCAGGGAGCCGGACCCCUUCUCUGGCCUGCAUCAGGUGUCACAUUCGACUCAUCGACUGCACUGGAAUGCAGCUGUGAUACAUGUCGAUGAAAACGCUUGUCCUUGUCAUCUUAUUCCAAAGAUGGGACAAUCUGUUGAUCGUGGAUGGACCAGCGCAAAUGUCUAUGAG